AUGGAGUGGGACAUGGAAGGGGACAUAGAAUGGGACAUAGAAAGGGACAUGGAAUGGGACAUAGAAGGGGACAUAGAAGGGGACAUAGAAGGGGGCAUAGAAGAGGACAUGGAAGGGGGCAUAGAAGAGGACAUGGAAAGGUACAUAGAAAGGGACAUAGGAAGGGACAUAGAAAGGGACAUGGAAGAGGACAUAGAAGAGGACAAUGGAAUGGGACAUGGAAGGCGACAUAGAAGAGGACAUGGAAGGGGGCAUAGAAGUGGACAUGGAAGGGGACAUAGAAAAGGACAUGGAAAGGGACAUAGAAGGGGACAUGGAAGGGGACAUCGAAGGGGACAUGGAAGGGGACAUAGACGGGGACAUGGAAGGGGACAUGGAUAG